CAGAAGACCCGUUUAUGAACGAACCUCUCGAGUGCUGUAAUGAACGUCCUCUUGCAUCUAUAGCGCCAAACUAAAGCUUUCCAACGGGCCGAACGGGAUCAUUACGGCACUAUGAACUUUUAACACCAGACACCUACAAUCUGUCAGGAGAUUAAGGUACAGCCCAGCAGCUGCCAGCUUGGCGGGAGGAGCAUUUCCUGGCCUGAAUGCGAACCGACUGCAGCUGGAGCAUGUCCACUGCAGGCUUGACUGCCCAGGAGAUCUGUUUACCCGCACAAAGCCUACUCCUGCGGGACAGCCAUUGGUAUAGCAUGGCCGGAGCUAAGCCCUCUUGGAAAUACCAUGAUCUACACAACUUAUACUUCAUUGAUUCCUCCACGGAUUAUAACAUUCAGUCCAAGCAACAGGUGCUGCCAUCAUUCUCAGGAGCAGAAAAACAGCGGACUGAUCUUCAGUCACAAAACAGCCCAGGAGGCCAGCCCUUGCCAACAAAAAAGCCCAGACCUUCCCAACUCACCUUGCACACAGACCCUUUCACAUCCAGCCCUGCUGAAGAUGACCAAGUGGUUCCCUGCUUUAAACGUCUAACGGUAUCUGACUACAUCAGUCCUCCCCAGACGCCAAGCCGAGUCGACAAACCACUUCCCCCAAUUCCCGGUUCAGCAGAGCUUUCCCCAGAUCAGGCUAUGGACAGUGAGGUAGAGUUCUUUAAUGGAGAUGACAAUCGGCGCCUAGUUUCUGAAUCUUGCUCAAAACACUCUUCGUUCCGCUAUGGAAUGCCCAGUCGAAGGAGUUUCAGGGGCUGUGGACAGAUUAACUAUGCAUACUUUGAAAGUACAACAUCCCUGCAGAAGACACAGCCACAGCCGCAGCCGCAGUCGCAGUCGCAAAAGCUGAGACAGGAGCGGGAAACCCAGCAGAGGGAACAGGAGCUCCGCGACCACCACCACCAACUGCAGCAGCAACAUCAGCAGCAGCAAAACUGUCUCCAACAACAGGAACGUACACAAAGGAAGCUGCGGCGUUCCCAUUCUGGCCCAGCCGGCUGCUUCAACAAACCCACCUCCUUCCGGCUGUCCAGUCACCACCAAAACAUGCAAGGCCUGGAUAAACCGGAAGUUCCUCCCAGAGUUCCUAUUCCCCCACGACCAGUCAAGACUGGAGACUACCGCCGCUGGUCAGCCGAAGUCUCAUCGGGAGCCAACAGCGAUGACGACCGACCUCCAAAAGUACCUCCUAGAGAACCUGUAUCCGGCAGUAGUUCCCGCACCCCGAGCCCAAAGAGCCUUCCAGUGUACCUCAACGGGAUCAUGCCCCCAACACAGAGCUUUGCCCCGGACCCCAAAUAUGUCAGUCGUGGCCUGCAACGACAGAAUAGUGAAGGUUCCCCCUGCAUUCUGCCCAUUAUGGAGAACGGCAGGAAAGCAAGCACGACACACUAUUUCCUUUUGCCGCAGCGUCCGUCGUACCUGGACAAACAUGAGAAGUAUUUAACGGACAGCACAGCGAGUCGAGGCACGGAUGCCUCGGAUUUGAGUUCAGACUGGGACUGUCAAAGCAACAGGAAAACAAUGCACCAAAUCGACUUUGUAUGAAAAAAAGGGGCAUGUUCGACCCCUGAGACUUUUUCCGCUGCUUUGUCGAAACUUUGCUCUAGCGCUCAGAGUGAGUUAUGUAUGAAUUGUUACUGGGAUUUCUCUUGUUUUGGAAACCGUUCUAACAGUCCUCUAAGAGCGAGCUCGGAAACCUAUGUUUUUUUUAUUUUAUUGCUAUGUGACAUGUAAGUGUUGAAAUGAUGGUGCAGUUGUUUGGUAUUAGCUGGUCUGGUACCUCCCUACUUCAGUGUUGUAAAUUUUCGUAGUCUCAUUUUAUAUCGCAAUGAAGAUUAUUUUUAUGUCUCGGAACAUGUGGUUGAGCAUGUUCAUCUGAUCAAAGGGACAUAGGGUCAGUAAAUGCUUCUUUACGUUUGUGUCUUUCGUCUACCAUAUAUGAAGUAUAAAAUCGGCCUGACUUUUUCGCGGCCAGCAUAUUAAGUGAAGAAUAUUCCAUCUUAUUGCAUUGCAUACGGCUUGCAAGCACACAGUCUGACUCAUGCACACUAUUUUGCGGUUCUUCUGUUGGACUAAUGCUCUCAGCUUUUGUCAGGACACUCUUUUCUGUGCUUUUGCUCAUGUGGCCUGCCUGUACAAUUUGUAGUCUCGAUUGUGUGUUACAUAGGAACAGGCUAAGUAUUGCUUUUCUGUUGUAAGUUGUGUGUGUGUAUGAGUGAUUCGAGAGCUGAAUGUGUUACAUUUGCCCAGUUAUGGCACUGCUUUAAUGCUUUCAUAAGCUGCUUAAAACGGCAGCUGAAAUGUUGCCCUCUGAAUGAACAGAGUAUUUCCAAUCCCUGGCUUCUAGCUGAGGUCUAGUGUGUUCUUUUGUUGCACAAAAAGCAAUACUUGUAAAACCUGUGAAAGAGUUUCUCUCCUCUUUUAAAUUGCUGUCUCCACGUGAAGCUGUGAGCCAUUGUCUGCGAUAGGAUUUUCUCAAGUACUACCUCCCAUUAUAAUUCUACUUCUUCUUAAAUACCCAACUACGGAUUACAAAGACUCAACAAAUACAAUCUCUUUGACAUACACAGGUCCGUACGAGGAACCGGUUGCCCCUGAUCUAUAUUUCUUCAAGUUCUGCCAAUUCGAAAGUCAGUCAUUAACACUUCCUCAAUGAAAACGCAUCUUGGACCGAUUUUUAAGAGCUACGUGGAGUUAAAGUCCAUGUGUGGUGCAUUUGGCUGAGCUCCCACAUACUGAUCUUCCUGUUACUGUACUUGCAUUCCUGUUAGACGUGAUUACAGUGGGUGUGGGCACAAGAGACUUUGGCUGCUGGCAGCUGGUGAAUGAGAUGUUUUAUUAUUCUAUAUUAUUUCCAGAACCAUCGUGAUAACUCACUAAAUGUAGCAAGUGCCAUGCAAUUUAAAAAGGGGGAAAGUAAGACUAUUAAAAAUGCUGUUUGGAAGCUCUAAGGUCAAGUACAGCUUUCCACCUCGGUUUGAUUUUGAACUCCAUGGUUUGAUGCCAUAGUUUUAACCCCUUAUUUUACCAGUUUGUGUAUCAGGAAAUGUUUACAUUUAUACCUUAUUUUCCUUUAGCAGUCUUACCUAAAAAAAAUGAAGGAAAAAAACUGAAAUGAAGGCAAGUUCAAGAAGAAAUGGACAUCUCUGUUGUGUUGUGUAUGUAUGUGUGUGUGUGUGUGUGUGUGUGUGUGUGUGUGUGUGUGUGUAUAUAUAUAUAUAUAUAUAUAUAUAUAUAUAUAUAUAUAUAUAUAUAUAUAUA